AUGAAGAAGGGAGGUAACAAUGGUCUGCUGCUCGUUUGUGUCUAUGUUGAUGAUAUAAUUUACAUGGGUUCAUCUCACUCUCUUAUUACUGAAUUCAAAGAGAGUAUGAUGAAUAUGUUUGAGAUGACAGAUUUGGGUCUGUUGCAUUACUUUCUUGGAUUAGAGAUCAAGCAAGGAGAAGAUGGUGUGUUUGUUUCUCAAAGAAAGUAUGUCGAAGAUCUUCUCAAACGCUUCAACAUGGCUAAUUGCAAGGCUACUGCUACUCCGAUGAAUGUUAGUGAGAAGUUGCAGCUUGAAGAUGGCAUCGAGAAGGCAGAAGCAAGGAAUUUUAGAAGCCUUGUUGGUGGCUUGAUUUAUCUGACACAUACCAGACCCGAUAUUGCUUUCACUGUUGGUAUGAUGUCCAGAUUUAUGCAUAAUCCAACAAGACAACAUUUUGGAGCCGCAAAGAGAAUUCUUCGCUACAUAGCUGGAACUAAAGAUUUUGGAAUUUGGUAUUCUAAUGUGGCUAAUUUCACCUUGAUUGGAUUUACUGAUAGUGAUUGGGCAGGAUCGUUGGACGAUAGGAAGAACACGUCGGGCUUCGUCUUCAAUCUUGGGUCAGGAGCAGUAACAUGGAGCUCGAAAAAAUAA